CUUUCUGAGAUUCCUCGCGCGAGGAUUUACCUCCUCUGCGGCAAUUUCAAAGCCACAUUUGUGUCAUUGUUUAAAACGCACUCGCUGAGAUAAACUGCUGUCGUUUAACGUUUCUUUAAGUAUCAAAAAUAAGCCCGCAUCAGACGCCGGUCCGAGACCCUCCAGUUUUAGCAUACAAAUCCCACUGGCGACGCUCUCAUAUGAUUGGCUUGGCUCUUCUGUCAAUCACGCAAUGCUCCUUCCACUACCGCUCCUACAGUAAAUAUUUGUGUUUGCUCAACCGGCUGUAAUGGUGGACGACUGAAGGGAGAGAAACGGAAUACAACUAGAGUGAAGAAAAGAGAGGAAAAACGGUCGAAAGUCUGCUUCAGAGCCAGCCGCCGAGGGAAGGACACGGGCUUCGUCGAAAAUGGAUGAACUCAAACAUCAAGUCAUGAUUAACCAGUUCGUCCUGACGGCGGGUUGUGCGGCAGACCAGGCGAAGCAGCUUUUGCAAGCGGCACACUGGCAGUUCGAGACUGCCCUCAGUGCCUUUUUUCAAGAAACAAAUAUUCCAUAUGGCCAUCAUCAUCAAAUGAUGUGCACCCCAGCCAACACACCAGCGACGCCCCCCAACUUCCCAGACGCGUUGACCAUGUUCUCCCGGCUGAAGGCGUCCGAGAGCUUCAACAGCGGCAGCGGCGGCAGUCCCAUGGCCGCGUCCAUGGCCACCUCACCCCCGCCCCCUCAGGUCGGCGGCUGGGGGGUCUCACCAAACGUACCUAAUGUGCCGCAACCUCCACAGGGACUCUGGACUCAGGGGCAGCCCCCCACGCAGCCCUGCCCCGCCUGGCCCACGGGCGUGAACCCCCACGCAGGUGCUGAGCAGAAGGCUAGUGUAGCGAUGGAGGCAGAGAGAUGAAGGGCCGCACGUGACUGAAAAGCCCCCCGUCCACCCCGGGGAGGGAGGGGAGGAGGGAAACGGGGGAUGAA